AUGCUGCCUCUCCUCGACGCCCGAGCCGCCGCGCCAGAUGCCUCGACCAUGACAGCCGCUACUUACUCGACCAUGGCAGUCGCUUCUUCCUCAGGCGUCUCGGCCACCAUCUCCAGCGCCAUCUUGGAGACGGGCAUGGCCACCGUCGCCACUGCCGUCGCCACCGCCGUCGCCACCGCGCCCCCGUCGCCUGACGGCCCCGAGAAGCAAGGUCCGCCAGGCGAGUGUCGGUUACUCGGCUCCUUCGCCCUGCUCGUCCAGGCCGCUCUCGGAGCGCUUGCUCUCCUCUCCCUCGUCUUCAAGCGUUGGCGCGAGAGGCCGCAGCGGCCCGUCAAGAUCUGGUUCUUCGACGCCUCGAAGCAAGUCUUUGGUUCCGUGCUGGUUCACAUUGCCAACAUCUUCAUGUCCAUGCUCACCAGCGGUCGCUUCUCCAUCAAGCUGGAGCCCACCGGCGUUCCCGAGCGGCGCAUGGCCGGGAACGACGAGUCCUAUAAACCGAAUCCCUGCUCAUUCUACCUCCUUAACCUGGCAAUCGAUACCACCCUGGGCAUCCCUAUCCUCAUCGUCCUGCUCCGCAUCAUAACUGGUCUUGUAGAGUUUACACCCUUUGGCAGACCAGCCGAGUCUGUCAAGUCCGGUUAUUACGGCAGCCCACCCAACGCCGUCUGGUGGCUCAAGCAGUCCAUCAUCUACUUCUGCGGCCUCUUCGGCAUGAAGCUCUGCGUUCUCAUCAUCUUCAUCCUCAUGCCCUGGAUUUCCAAGGUCGGCGACUGGGCCCUCGGGUGGACAGAGGGCAACGAGCAGGUGCAGAUUGCCUUUGUCAUGAUGAUCUUUCCCUUGAUCAUGAACGCAAUGCAGUACUACAUCAUCGACUCCUUCAUCAAAGGUCGGGACCUUCAUCAUGAUCGCUUGCCAUCCGAGGACCCCGACGAGACACGGGCGUACGGCGAGAGCACGAGCCUCCGCGGCCAUGAUGCCGAGACGGACGACGAUGACGACGGCGUCGACGACGAAGCGGAUGCUGUGAAACAUCCGGGCCGUCUUCCUGCCGACGCCCCCGAGGGAGAAUACGACCCGGAUGUCGACGGCGACUUACCCACGGUCGUCGGCAGCAGCUCCAGCCGCCGUGUAACUCGAACCAAAGUCCCAUCUGAACUGUUCCCCAAGGAAUGA